UCUAUUCUAUUAAUGCAAAGAAUAGUAAGAUGUGUAAAUGUUGAAAUUGUGCUAAUGCCAUUCAUUGGCCUUUCCUGAAAAAAAGUCCUGAUGUUGAUUUGAUAUUUUGGUGAAGACUAAACAAUUUGUUCUUGCUAUACCCUUUAGACUGGUUAAAUAAAGACAAUCUGAUUUUCAGUUGAAUAGCAGAAUUAAGCAAUUCAACAAAGAUCGACCCAACUGACCUUUUAUUUAUUUUGUCAUAUAGCACUUUUCAAAUUCAAUGUUAAAGUGUAUUACCAAAAACCACAUAGCAGUUAUUGUUAGGAUACCUGGAAUAUAAAGAUGUCUAAUUCAGUUGCAUAAAAACGUAUGCAUCUCUUAAUCCAACAACUUUGAUCACAAUGUGAUGAAAUGUGCAAAAGAAAUUCACAAUCAAGGAAUCCCCCCAAAAAUGUCUUUGUCUGGAGUCAAGACCGAGACAGCAGUUCUUUCUCUUCUUGGUAUUUUGCUCUUUGUUGUUUUGUGUUUUUUCCAGUGCAGACCAAUUCCAAUCUGAAAAAGCAGGGAGGAAAAUCUGAUGGGGUGGAGCAGGAAUUUCAGGGCGGUGUUGAUGUACAAUGUUGUUGCGGUCUUGCUUGGAGAUAAUCUGAUGCUGUGCAGCAGAGCUGGUGACUACGACGCGACAAAUGGUUGCAACCUGACAGUUUCCCUCUUUUAUUAUAUCCAGAUAGAUGUCUCUCGUCUAACAGACAACACCAACUUACUCUUUUGGUGCCGGCACAAGGAAGAAAAACAUCGCAAAUAAUACCCGGACACCCUUGACCCUCAACGAGAUUGCCUUCCCCCUUUGCAAUAUGUCCAACACUGACUUAAAGAGACUCGAGCGCUUCCUCAGCAUCCUGAAUGGCUGCAGGGGCAGCCUGCUCUGUAACAACUCCCAUCUGAUUCUCCACAACACGAGCCUGGGCCUGGAGAUUCUCGGUGACGACGGAUCCCUCUGGCUAGGAAUAGUCAUCCCUGUGGUGUACGUUGUCGUGGCGACAGGCGGGGUGGUGGGCAACCUGCUGGUGAUGUUCCUACUGUAUUCGACUCACACCAUCGCCACGGGCACCAUCAACUUCUUUGUGUUCAACUUGGCUUUUUCCCACUUGGUGUUCUCCCUGGUCUUGCCCUUUUGGGCCGUGGACAUUGCGAUGGACUACAGCUGGCCCUUUGGCUCGGCGACGUGCAAGGCCGUGUCCUUGCUCACUGGUCUCAACGUCUUUGCCAGCUGCUUUUUCCUGACGGCUAUGAGUUUAACCCGGUACUGCUACGUGGCCACUGCUCUCCAACCCGACGCCUCCCAGUGCAGCAGAUCCUGCACUUCUCCGGUGGCCACGGCUUUCAUCUGGGCUUUGGCCCUCGUCGCAGCGGCACCCCGGGCCGUGUUCGCCGACCUGAGCCACGUGGGCAGCGGCAACGACACGGCGUGCCUGCUCCGCUUCCCGGACGGCACGGCCUGGCUCGGGGUGAACCAGCUCCUGCGAGUGGUCCUGGGAUUCCUGCUGCCGUACGCCAUCAUCAUCCUCUCCUACCUGCUGCUGCUGCGCUUCCUCUGCCGGCACACGCUGCGGGGCGGCAACUCUCUGCGGAGGGCCGACAUCUCCAAGUCCGUGGCGGUGGUGGUGCUCUCGUUCUGCGCGUGCUGGUUCCCCUACAACGUCCUGACCCUUUGGAGCGCCCUGAUCCAGCUCGACAUCGUCGAUUACAGCGCCUCGUACUACUUGGCUCAAACGUACUUUUUCCCCCUGGCCAACUGUUUAGCUUUCACCAGCAGCUGCUUCAAUCCCGUCAUCUACUGCCUGGUGAGGAAAGAGUACCGCGUGGCUCUCCACAACGUGCUCUUCAAGCUGAGCCUGGCGAUCAUGUCGAAGAUGCCCUAUGGCGUGGCUUCUGAGGAGGGGUCCGGACAAACCGGGCACCUGGCCAUUCCACUCAAUCACAUCUACAGCGAGACCAUCCAAACCGACACGAGGAGAUACGUACCCCUGACAGCGAUCCCGACCGUGUGAAACCCCAACGCAACGACAACAUUCUUUGCAAAUGUACGUUGUUUUUGAUUUAACAAGAAUGGUGUAGUUAUUUCUAUUUCUAAGAGUUUGUUUUAGUUGUAAUUCUGUUAUUUUGUGAAUAAGCUGGAUCUUAAACGUGACAUACAGCUUUUUCUUUAUGAAUGGGCUGCACAACACGUGUCUCAUACAGUGGAGGCGUAAUACAAGUUUCAACUUGGGAAAAUGUAUGCUCUAAUUCAGUACAAAUUUAUUGAGGUGUUCUUGUCAACUUCUUGCUAGUGUUGUGUUAUGGCAAAAACAUGUAUUCGUGUAAUAUCAACACAUUUGUGUCAUCUAUUGAAAUCAAAAUUGAUAAAUAAAAUAGUUUUGA